AUGCUCAGCCGCGUCCUCAGAACCGCUGUUCGCCACCCAAGGGCUCUGCGGUCGUUCGCGACGACCCACAACAUUCCGGCGGGACCAUUCACAGAAAUUUCAACACUUUCGAAUGGGCUCACUGUGGCGACCGAAAGUCAUCCGCAUGCCCAGACUGCAACUGUCGGUGUAUGGAUAGAUGCAGGCUCGCGAGCGGAGACGGACAAAACAAACGGUACUGCUCAUUUCCUGGAACAUAUGGCUUUCAAAGGCACCAACCGACGAACUCAGCACGCUCUCGAGCUCGAGGUUGAAAAUAUUGGCGCACAUCUCAAUGCAUACACCUCUCGUGAACAAACAGUCUACUACGCGAAGAGUUUCAAGAAGGACGUUCCCAUUGCCGUUGAUAUCAUCAGCGACAUUCUCCAGAAUUCUAAACUCGAAAAUUCUGCCAUCGAGAGGGAGCGCGAUGUAAUCCUUCGGGAGCAGCAAGAAGUCGACAAGCAGCUAGAGGAAGUUGUUUUUGACCACCUUCACGCUGUUGCUUUUCAACACCAGCCUUUAGGGCGCACCAUCUUAGGCCCGAAAGCCAACAUUCUCUCCAUCCAACGAGAUGACCUCGCAUCGUAUAUUAAAGCCAACUACACUGCUGACCGUAUGGUUCUUGUUGGUACCGGUGGUAUUGAACAUGGAGAACUCGUCAAACUCGCCGAACGGCACUUCUCCACCCUCCCUGUAUCUGCCAACCCCCUUCCUCUCGGAAGCCUCUCUACCGCAGCCUCGCGGAAACCCACUUUCGUCGGCUCCGAAGUCCGUAUCAGAGACGACGAGCUUCACACCGCUAAUAUUGCCAUAGCGGUUGAGGGUGUUGGUUGGUCAUCACCCGACUUCUUCCCCAUGAUGGUCAUGCAGUCGAUCUUUGGUAACUGGGACCGUUCCUUGGGAGCCUCACCUCUCCUUUCUUCCCGCCUUUCCCACAUAAUUUCGUCUAACAACCUGGCCAACUCUUUCAUGUCCUUCUCCACUUCAUAUUCCGACAGUGGUCUAUGGGGCAUCUACCUUGUCACCGAAAAUCUCUCAAACCUAGACGAUGCCAUAAAGAUGACGCUCAAGGAAUGGCAAAGAAUGAGCAUUGCUCCGACGGAGGUAGAGGUUGAACGGGCUAAGAGCCAACUCAAGGCUGGUCUUUUGCUCAGCCUUGAUGGAACAACGGCUGUUGCAGAGGACAUCGGAAGGCAGCUUGUCACUACUGGAAGCAGAAUGUCGCCCAAACAGUUAGAAAAUGCGGUGGAUGCUGUUUCCGUUGAAGACAUCAAACGGGUCGCAUCAAAAUACCUCUGGGAUAAGGACUUUGCCAUGGCCGCUAUCGGACCCAUCGAUGGAUUACUUGAUUACAACCGCAUUCGUUCUGAUAUGUCGUCGAUGAUUUAUUAG